CCUUAGUUGAAUAAAAGAAUAUCGCAAAGCAUGGUUAGACACAUAGUUUGAUAAAAGAAUCACAAAGCAUGUUUAGAACCAUAGUUGGACAAAAAAUAACAAAUUAAGCAAGUCGGUCCUCCAUCUUUUAUUUCUUCCGUACCUUAGCAUGAACUGCACCCGUACUUUUACUCCUACACACAAUUUCAAGUUUAUAAAUUCUUACCCACCUAUAUAUCCCCCUUUUCUUUCUCAGUACUAAUCAACAAAUAUCCAACCUCCUUCCCCAUUUUAAUUUGCUCCUAAAACAGCCAGCCUUUCCAAUAGAUAGUAAUUUUAAGGUGAAUUUGUGUCCAUAUAUAAUUAAAUACAUGAGAUGGAGCAUCCUCAGUAUUAUGCACCACACCGUAUUGCAGACUCAUCAUCUCGGCCUUCUCUAGGAUUUCCCCUCGGCACUGCCGUUCUUUUGGUUGCUGUUUUCAGCCUCAGUGGCAUAUUUUCUUGCUGUUAUCACUGGAAUAGAAUCCGCUCAUUCCGUCGACAACGCGCAGACCUUGAAGCAGGCGAUGAUCCUGCUUCCUUCAAAUCUAUAAUCAAUUAUAAUAUGAGUGAGAAACAGAACCAAAGGCAAAGCUUGCCUGCAGUGUUAAUGCCAGGUGAUCAAGUUCCAAAAUUCAUAGCAUUGCCGUGUCCAUGUCAGCCGCCUCGACCGGAAAAGGUGGUUGAAGAGGUGCAGCCUUCGCCUCUGCCUCCGCCUCCUAAGCCAAUUCGUAUGGUAGUAGGAUUACUUUUGUAGUAAUAUUAGUAGUAGUGAUUUUAGAACAUUGGUGUGUAUAGAUUGAAUUGUGGUUCAACCAAAUUACCAAUCUUUUGAUUUA